UGGGGAGGCCCUCGGGGGAUGCGCGCAGCCCCCCAGCCGGCAGCCUCGCCGUCCCGCUCGCCAUGGGCCAGCCACCACCACUGCUGCUCCUAUGUGCCUCUGUGUCUUUGCUGGGUGGCCUGACCUUUGGUUAUGAACUGGCAGUCAUAUCAGGUGCCCUCCUGCCUUUACAACUUGACUUUGGACUAAGCUGCCUGGAGCAGGAGUUCUUAGUGGGCAGCUUGCUUCUGGGGGCUCUCCUCGCUUCACUGGUCGGGGGCUUCCUCAUCGACCGCUACGGCAGGAAGCAAGCCAUCCUCGGGAGCAACGCGGUGCUGCUUGUGGGCAGCCUGACCCUGGGCCUGGCUGGCUCCCUAGCCUGGCUGGUCCUGGGCCGCUCAGCGGUUGGCUUUGCCAUCUCUCUCUCUUCCAUGGCCUGUUGUAUCUACGUGUCAGAACUGGUGGGACCACGGCAGCGGGGCGUGCUGGUGUCUCUUUAUGAGACAGGCAUCACUGUGGGCAUCCUGCUGUCCUACGCACUCAACUACGCCCUGGCUGCUGACCCCUGGGGAUGGAGGCAUAUGUUUGGCUGGGCAGCCGCACCCGCUCUCCUGCAGUCCCUCAGCCUCCUGUUUCUUCCUGCUAGUACAGUUGAGGCUGCAGCCCAGAAGGACCUCAUCCCCCUGCAGGGAGGGGAGGCCCCCAGGCGGGGCCUGGGGAGACCAGGGUACUCCUUUCUGGACCUCUUCAGGGCACGGGAUAACAUGCGAGGACGAACCACAGUGGGGCUGGGGCUGGUGCUUUUCCAGCAGCUGACAGGGCAGCCCAACGUGCUGUGCUACGCCUCCACCAUCUUCCGCUCCGUUGGCUUCCUCGGGGCGUCCUCAGCUGUGCUGGCCUCUGUGGGGCUUGGGGCAGUGAAGGUAGUGGCUACCUUGACCGCCAUGGGGCUGGUGGACCGAGCUGGCCGCAGGGUCCUGUUGUUAGCUGGCUGUGCCCUCAUGGCCCUGUCGGUCAGUGGCAUAGGCCUCGUCAGCUUUGCCAUGCCCAUGGACACAGGCCCAAGUUGCCUGGCCACGCCCAAUGUCACCAGGCUGUCAAGCCUCCCUGGGGACUCUGAUCUGCCAAGGGAGGAGUCUCCACCUCUGCUGCCAACAACCAGUGGGAACCACAGGGAGCCAGUUUUGUCAACCUCUGAGCAAACCAAGUUCCACCCCAUACCUGGGGACCCAGCAGCGCAUCAUCCCCUGUCAACCCUGAACACCGCCUCCCCUGCACCCCCUGCUCUUGCCCCAGAGCACGCCCUGUUGCAUUGGGCUGCCCUCAUCUGCAUGAUGGUUUUUGUGAGCGCCUUCUCCUUCGGGUUUGGACCAGUGACCUGGCUGGUCCUCAGUGAGAUCUACCCCACAGAGAUCCGAGGGAGGGCCUUUGCCUUCUGCAACAGCUUCAACUGGGCUGCCAACCUCUUCAUCAGCCUCUCCUUCCUCGACCUCAUCGGCACCAUCGGCCUGUCCUGGACCUUCCUGCUCUACGGGCUGACUGCUGUCCUCGGCCUGGGCUUCAUCUAUUUGUUUGUCCCUGAAACAAAAGGCCAGUCAUUGGCAGAGAUAGACCAGCAAUUCCAGAAGAGACGGCUCACCCUGAGCUUUGGCCACAGGCAGAGCUCUGCUGGCGCCCAGUACAGCCGCAUCGAGGUCUCUGCAGGCCCCUGAGGAUGCCAGGUGCCCCGAGGAUGCCGGAACCGUGGCCUUAGUAGCCCAUCUCCAAUGUCCUGCUUCCCUGGGCCUGGGGACACAAGCUCCAGGUGGUCCUUUGAGACUUACCCCUCCCCCAGAGGAACACGUGGUGCUGGGGAAAAGGGAGAAGAAUGCGAAGACCUACAUCUUCAUUUUCAGUCUGACUCUGAAGGUCCCUGAGGCUCUGCCUUCUUGCCUCAGUUUCUCCAGUGACUGCAUCGCUGCCUCACUUCACAUCUGAUGGAGUCUCCAUUGCUCCCUGCACUACUCAAAGAGUCUCUAGGGCACCAGUGGUGACAGGAAGCUUCUCCAUAUUGCCCAGAUGUCCAGCUGAAAACCCCAUGCUCUGCUCACUUCCCUCUCUGGCGAGGGGGAAGUCUGCUGUUGGACUCGUGCAUCUCAGUCUUGUUCAACCCUGGGUAAAUAUCACUGAAACUAUUCAUCAUUCACCAGCCACUCAGACUAGUUGAUGGGACACUUGAGUUCUAGUCCUAGUUUGGCCCUUGUCGUUACUGUGAAACAGGGGAAACUGGCCUCAGUUUCCCCCAUAAGGGCAAUGGGAGACCUGGACCAGGUGGUUCUGAAUCUCUCUUCUGACACCAGUGAGCUGGGCUUCCCAAUGCUGGCAGCGCAACACAUGGUCAACAUGGGCCCUGCUCUCCAGCUGCUUGUCAUCCUUUUGGGGGAUGGAAGACUUAAUUAGGGGAGCAGAAUUCUAGGGUGGUGUGCACAGAGAUCCAAGAGCCAUCAAGGUGCAUGCAGGGAGCUCAGGCUGCGACCAGGCUCUGCAGAAAGGAGGUGUGUUUGGAGGCUGAUCAAACCGGUUGUGGGUGUUGCCCCCACUUUUUCGGCAGCUGUUGACCUCCGGUAAGUAUCAAGGCCAAGCCCCAGUUUCCACAUCUGUAGGAGGGUGAUGGUUAUGCAUGUGGGGGUGUAUUUGAUCCCCAACUCCCUCUAAGAGCUUCUCCAGCUGGUCCCAUUCAGCUAGUCAGGGCCUGGGGGAUUUCUGCUCACCCUCAACCCCCAGCUCCCCACCUUUGGACCCUGUAAAGGAUCAUCUCCCAAAGGUGAGUCAGAUGGAGACAUAGCAGGUAGCUCAGGCCAGCGGUUGCUAGAAGGGACCAGGCAGGAGGGAUCUUGGGUUCUGGGAGGAUGAAGAGUUAGAGUAAAUCCAGGAGGACUGACAAAAGGUGCUUUGUCACCCAUGCCUGCUUUUGGGGGUUGCCAAGCCCCUCAACUUCUCUCUUUUCUGGGUGCUUCCCUUACAUCCCUGGUGGGGUGGAGUAGCCUGGGCAAGUCCUCACUAACGCAGGUAGGGAAAUGACAUCACAAAAGCAGGUUUUCGAAUCACCAUUUCCUUCAAUGUCCUUGGGAUGCUUUUUCCUUAUCCACAAAUAUAACAAAACAACGCUGAACAAAAAGACAUCAUUCGCGGACCCAUUGUACUGCCUUGUGAGAGCUGACUGUUACACAUUCAGGAUUUUUGCAAGCUCGUCAUAAAACACACCCAUCAAAAAAUUAAACUAUUUAAAUUUAAAAUCAAAUAAAUUAUACUAAAAGCAGAGGUAAUAAGUACUAAAAAUAUUUUACUAUUAGCUGUGCUCCUGAGAUUAAGUACAUCCAUUAUAGCUUGGGAAGGACCAAAGGAGACAGCAUUGCCUCCCUGUUCCACACUCGGUGACAUCAAGGUGGGGGGACUGCGUUCCAUGACAUCACAUUGGUCACUUGAAACUGGCCGUGGGAGAGUAUUUAUUCCACACAGAUUGGGACACACCACACACGAGGGCUUGAUUUAUUGUUUUGCUGAUUUUCCAGUAUGAAGAACGUGAGGGAUAAAAUGUUAACCCAUAAUGCAAAAUAAACUUAGAAGGAUCAAGUCUGUAACUGUAACUUGUGAAAGACACAAAAAAAUUCGAGGGGCUCUUCUUCCAGUAUUCAAACCCUGUUAUGUAAUUCAACAAACAAGUUGCUCGUGCUGCUGCUGAGGGAGUUCGAGCUACAUCUUCCGUGUUUUGCUUUGGAUUUACUUGUUUCAUAAGCAAAAAUUUCAACCAGCAUUUAUGUACUAAUUCUGUACUAAUUCUGCCACGAUGUGAAAGCAACUUUGUGCUGGGUCGUAUUGUUAUCAAUCACUGUUUUGUAAUCUAAUUUUGUCAAACCAUGGCUUUGUCUUGCAUGCCAGACUUUGGCAAAAAAUCAACAAAAACAUUCUGUGAGAAUUAAUGGGCUCUGUGGAAUUUACAAUAGGGUAUUUACAAUAAAGUGUUAUUAUUUGCAAAUUUAGAAAUUUUGUGC